UAACAACAUAUAACUACACCAAUUAGGCUUACCAGCCCUGGUCAAGAAAAUUGUUGUCUCGCGCUGCUGAAAUGAAGCGCAAACACUGCCAGGAUGAUCCAAAAUCAAAUGAAACUUCCCAGGAUUUCGGUGACUUUCUGCGAAUUUUGGCCACCUUAUUUUCAGGUCUUCGUUUCGUAAUCGGGAGACUAUCGUCCUCUUCGUAUCGUGGAGGUCUAGGCAUAGGUAGAUGGGUAUGUACAUGUGUAGGGCGCACAUUCCUUUUUCCGGAGACGGAUGUAUCUUAUUACUAUCUCGGAGAAGAUAAAGCAAACCGAGUUAAAGUUAACCUCUAAUUAUCUUCGAAGUCAUGCGCGACACGACUCGACUGAUUAGCCAACGUCAGCUUGCGUACAACGGGACCAGCGGAAAGCUGCAUUUUGUAGGUCGUUGACCUUACAAUGAAAAGUUGUGUGUAACUGAGGCAAUAUGGCGACGCCUGUCUCUCGACAUGGUAGACAGGGUGGGCACCGCGGGCACUGGAAACCCGUAGUGAAUGGUUAACCCCAGAACAAUAACUUGUUCAUAUCUUAAUUGUGAUGUCAUCCAAGUACCAUGUCAUUACGCGAAUAUUGCAGCAUUGACGGUAGCAAGUAGCGGGAAGCUAUUCAAGUUCGUAUGCUUUUCACGUUUUCUUCUGUCGUGUGUAUAAUUUUUAUGUGUGCAAAAGGCAUCCCGGGUCGUAGGUUUUACCUAUGCAAUAUUCAGGAUGGUACUCGGAACUUAUAAGCACGCACAGCACCACGGACUCAUGACCCAAUGCUCUGAUUUCGAUUGCUCGCGUUGCUGUAUUUUAAAAUUCCGUUAAGAAAAGCAACCUCGGACUGGCAAUGGAGAAGUUUCCUGGUUAGACGCUGGAAGGCACCUCUGUCUCAGCCCGGGGUACUUAGCAGCUGCUACUCUGGUGGCACGAGGGCCGGGGCCCCCUGGGCGAACGGAGGCCUUCAGAAGGAUACAUCAUGCACUGGUCCGUUCCCCGAUGCGACGGGCCCUCUGACCUGGGCACAUUGCACAGGAUUGACACAGGACUGUUAAUGACGCAGAAGGGUCCUUUGCCGUCCCAGGGCGCAAGGCAUCAUGUAACACUUUGUCUGGACCACUCCCCAAAAUUCUUUCAAUCCCUCCUGAUCUCAUGCAGUUCAAGUAAACGCGAUUUUUUCCUCGGCAGUGAUGCAUUUUAGCUUAGGUUUUGGCUUUGACAUCGAUAUUUUGAACAUUUAUAUUUUGGCUUGGCUUCACGCUUCCCAAGUACCGGGCCGCUGGGUUCAGUCUCGGCUUUGCGUAUGCAAAGUUCGAAGCCACUGGCUGUGGGUCCAACUUCACCUUUACAUCAUUUUCUUGGCUUCAGAUUCGGCUUCGAAGCUAGAAGCCUGGCUUCGUCGCUAUGGCUGGUACUUAUGGCAAAACAUUUAUGCUAACCGGAAUUCUUACGCAUCUAUCUUACUUAGUACGCACAAAUACUAACAAAAUGUAGAAGCUCAAAUGUUUACGCCAAACGAUUGACUUCAGCAACAAAAUGACUACAGCAAUAAUAAUGGAAUUAAUGGGGCUUCUUUACAAGAAAAGGUAACAAUGGAGUGCCAGUAGCUGUAUUUGAAUUUAUAAAUGAUAUUAUUUAUGAAUUAUAUAAAUAUUGCUUUUUCACCUAAUUAAUACGUCUUGCGGUCAUCGCACAUGGCGUGGCCCGAGGUCCUAUAUGACUCGGGAUAGAGCGGUGGUGUUACCCAAACGUCGGAGGUUGGUGUUAAUACAAAGAACAUGCAAUAUGUUGACCCACGCCCUUGCUCGCCGUUUUUCAUAACGCGGACUACUUUGGGGGCAUCGAUGUGACCCUGCCGUUUCCAAGUUAUGAUGGACAGAGCUUCGCGGAAGAAAACAGUCGAUUGGUCUCAACGAGAUCUCGCCAUUAGUGAUCCGUUUUAUGUCUAGCGUGCCGUGUGCCGGAGAUGGCCGACCCCAGUCGGUCGGAGCUGAAGCUGAACUCGCCGCCCGAGGACGGCAUCUCGUCCGUCAAGUUCGGCCCUACAUCGUCCCAGUUCCUGCUCGUCGCGUCCUGGGACAAGACGGUGCGACUAUAUGACGUGCUGUCCAACACGCAGCGUCUCAAGUACUCGCACUCGGCGCCCGUGCUCGACUGCUGCUUCCACGAUGCCGUGCACGCGUGGAGCGGCGGCCUCGACCACACACUCAAGGUGUUCGACUUCAACACGAGCACGGAGACGGUGGUGGGGCAGCACGGCGCGCCGAUCCGCUGCGUCGAGUACGCCGCCGACGCCGGCUGCGUCGUCACCGGCGGCUGGGACAACUACGUCAAGCUGUGGGACCCGCGCCAGGCACGCGGCACCGGCGUGCACGCGCAGCCCGACCGCGUGUAUGCGCUCAGCACGUGCGGCGACCGACUGGUGGUAGGUACGGCCGGCCGCAAGGUGCACAUUUGGGAUUUGCGCAACAUGGCGCAGCCGCUGCAAAAGAAGGAGGCGUCGCUGAAGUACCAGACGCGCUGCAUCCGCUGUUUCCCCAACAAGCUGGGUUACGUGCUGAGCUCGAUCGAAGGCAGGGUCGCCGUCGAGUAUUUCGAUCCGAGUCCCGAGGUGCAGAAGAAAAAGUACGCGUUCAAGUGCCACCGCAUCAAGGAGGCCGGCAUGGAGUACGUGUACCCCGUGAACGCCAUCAGCUUCCACAGCCAGUACAACACGUUUGCGACGGGGGGCUCGGACGGCUACGUCAAUAUCUGGGACGGGCUGAACAAGAAGCGGCUGUGCCAGUUCCACCGUUACCCAACGUCUAUCGCGUCGCUGGCGUUCUCGCCAGACGGUAGCGUGCUGGCCAUCGCCUGCUCCUACCUGUAUGAGCAGAAGGAGACGCCAGAGACCAUCCCACCCGACGCGGUGUACAUCAGACACGUCACCGACCAGGAGGCCAAGCCCAAGUAGGCGGACGAGCUGGCACCCCGUGCGCGGCGCGUAGUCUGCGCCAUGUGACGCUGACACUCCUCGACCAGAGGGAGUGCUCUGUCUCGCGAUCGGCUGGGCUCAGUGAGCUGCCGCUGACAGGGUGUCUGCCCGGCACGCUCCUCUGGCUGACCCGUCACUGCGUUCGUGUGUUCCUUCAUCGCCUCAUUAGUGUCCGGCCAAAUCAUUGCGAUCGGUUGUCUGCUGCUGAUAUAAAAUGCCCAAGACGUA